CAGGAAGUUAAUCUGGUUACCAGGCAAAACAGGAAGCUGCUCGCAGGAACUGUCAUUAACAGAAAACGAAAACGGUUGUUGAAGAAGUGUGCGUCGGGAAGAGUUUCAAGAAACAACGGUAAAAAUCCACAACAAACAGCAAUACGUUGAGGAGAGAUGGCACUGCCCACACUGUCCUCACGCUGGGCAGGCCGUGCACGCUGUCUGGAGCAGCAAAUUGUCAGGCAGCGGGAGCAGGAGGCUCUCUGGAGGCAGAAAUGGGAGCUGCACCAGCAGUAUUUCAAACAGCACGACGUGCGCAGCAGCAAGCAGGCACAGUGGAGCUCCACGGCGUCCUACCAGCAAAGCAUGUCUGCGUACCACCGUGAUAGGCUGAAGGAGGAGAAGAGGCAGAGCCUUGAGCUGCGCAGGGACCGCCUCCGGGCCCUCCUCCAGGAAGAGCGUGACCUGCUGGAGGCGGAGCUCCAAGACAGAGCCCCCAACAGGGACAGCCUGGUCAGAGAGCUGGAGGAGAGGAAGGAAGGGCUGAAAUCAGCCAGGGAAGAGCGCAGGAAGAGGUUUGCUGAAGAGUCGCUGCAGGAGCACUGGAAAAAGAACAAUCCAGAGCUACGGCAGGUUGAAUCUUCCUUACACAAAAACCAUGUGGUGAGCAAAUGGGGAUCCCAGAUCACUGAAAAGAAGCAGAUGGAGGAAAAGGCUCAGGAGGAGAAGAGAAGGUUUGAGAAUGAGUACGAAAGGGCUCGGACAGAAGCGAUGGAGAGAAUGAAGCAGGAUGAGGAGAGGAGGAAGCAGGAGGAGAAGGAGAGAGUUGAGAUACUCCAGCAGCAGAUGGAGGAGUUGAGACUGCGGGAGCUGGAGACAAAGAAGCUGAGGAAGGAGCAGGAGAUUCUGCUUCAGCAGCGCUGGGAGAUGGAAGAGCUGGAGGAGGAGAGGAAGAAGCUGGAGGAGCGGAGGAAGAAAUCUGAGCUGGGACGUUUUUUGACCCGUCAGUACCGAGCCCAGCUGCGGAGACGAGCACAACAGGUCCAGCAGGAGCUGGAGGCAGACCGGCAAAUCCUGGAGGCUCUGCUGGAGCAGGAGGGGGUGGAGCAGCAGCUGAACAGUGCGCGCAGGGAGCGGGCCGUCGCUGACGCAGCCUGGAUGAAGGAUGUGAUCGAGGAGCAGCUGCAGCUGGAGAGGGAGAGGGAGGCAGAGUUCGAUACCAUCUACAGGGAGGAAGCCCAGCGCAUGUGGGAGAAGCGAGAGGCUGAGUGGGAGAAAGAGAGAAGGGCCAGGGAGCGACUCAUGCAAGAGGUGCUCCUUGGAAGGCAGCAACAGCUUGAACAGCAGAUGAAGGAGAAUCGCCAAGCCCAAGAGGAGUCUCUCCAGAGGCGUGAGGAGCUGAUCAAAGAGCUGGAGCUGGAAAAGCAGAAGACACACCGCGAGAGAGAGGAGGAGGGAGAGCUGAGGACGGCUCGCAAACAAGAGAUCGCUGCACAGAUUUCAGAACGGAGGAGGCAGGAGUGGGCAGCUCUGCGCAGGAGAGUCGAGGAGGAAGAGGAGGAGAGAGAGGCUGAGAGGUACCACGAGGAGCAGCAGAAACAGGAGGCAGAGAGGAUGACCCAGCAUGGAUACCAGGAGAAGGUUUACAGUCGCCGAAGAACAGCAUGGACAUGAGGGCAAAAUGGGCUGAGCACUACGAAUCCAGGAUGUGAAGGAAAAGGCUGAUGAAUGUUCGCAGAUAGUAAAGCUUGAUUUGUAUGUGAUAAAGCUUUAAAAUUGUAUUGAGCGUUAAAUGAUCUCAAAGACUAGUCAUUUUUAGGAAGCAUUAAUUUGUAUAUAAAUAGAUUACAAUUUUAAAAGGGGUAAUACUGAUGUGAACCUGCUGCUUCCCAGGAGUUUGGCUUUGGAAAUAAUGAAAUCGGGUACUAAACCCAUGGUGUUGAACUGAUUUGAAGGGAGUGGAUCUUUUAUUUCUGAUAAGUUUAUGUCUAUACAGUGAUUAGGAAAUGGUGUUUUAUUUAGGUGAAAUAUAACUGCAUCUAGCACCGCAUCAGCCUGAUAUUUAAGGAAUGACCCGAGCCUGCUCCAGCUAGCAGCAUGGCUCAUGGAGACAACGUGCUGUAUUGGAAUCAUUUGGACUGGCUACAUUAGGAAGUGGCUGAACCUGCCCAUCUCCUAGCGGGAUGACAAGGUGCUGCUUUAGAAAUAACCUGUACUUGCUUAGCUAUAGCAUUUGAUACCAUGUGAAGCUGUCAUUGAAAAGAUAGCAGCCUGUCACCCAAGAUAUUAUUUCUCCACUCCUGCGAGAACUUUGCUUAAGUGAUUGUUACAGUCCUGUUUAACAAUAACUGUAUUCUCUAAGUAUGUAGUUUUUAUUAAUUAUUUUAAAUAGCUUCAAGAUUUUUGUAGUAUGGUGUUAUUUUCUAACAAAUAAAAAAAAGUUUUUCUAGCAA